AUGUCAUUUGUGAAGCAAUUGUCUAGUGUAUUUAUUCCUAACAGUGUGCAGAAAGCCUUAGUUGACCCCAAGUGGAAAGCAGCUAUGAACGAGGAGAUGAAAUCCUUGCAGAAGAAUGAAACUUGGGAACUUGUUGAUCUCCCACCAGGAAAGAAAACAAUUGGAUGUCAGUGGAUUUGCAGUGUAAAGUACAAAGCUAAUGGCACAAUUGAAUGCUUUAAAGCGAGACUAGUGGCUAAGCGGUACACUCAAACCUACAAGAUCGAUUACAAAGAGACAUUUACAGCCAAAAUCAACAAAAUUUGUGUUCUAUUGUCUUUAGCUGUGAAUUUGGAUUGGCCAUUGCAAUAG